AUGGAGGACAUAAAGCCACACCCAGUGAUGGAGCAGCUCCCUGGAGUCCAAUAUUGCAUCAAUAGUCCUCCUCCAUUGCUGGAAGUUAUAGUUCUGGGGUUCCAGCAUUAUCUAAUGACUCUAGGUACCACUGUCUUGAUUCCAAGUAUGUUUGUAAAUCAAAUGGGAGGUAGUAAUGUUGAGAAGGCUAAGGUGAUACAGACCUUACUCUUCGUUUCAGGACUAAAUACACUAACGCAGUCCUUAUUUGGCACCCGACUUCCCUCAGUAAUCGGUGGUUCAUACGCAUUCAUUAUUCCGAUGACUUCGAUUCUACAUGCCGAAAGGUUUUCUGACUCUGGAAUUUCGGGUGAUUUUCAGAAGUUUGAAAGGACAAUGAGAGGUAUGCAGGGUGCUCUCAUAGUGACCUCUUGUUUCCAGAUGCUCAUUGGCUUCUUAGGCGUGUGGAGAAAUGUCGUAAGGUUUCUUACCCCUCUUUCGAUGGUUCCUCUCGUGACUUUUACUGGACUUGGGCUGUAUUAUCUUGGUUUUUCAAUGCUGGCAAAGUGUGUUGAACUUGGGCUCCCCGAGCUAAUCCUAAUGGUUAUCAUCUCACAGUAUCUUCCCCGUUAUGCAAAAGCAAAAAUAAAGAGGCGGGUGUGUGAUCGAUAUUCCCUUCUGUUCUCGGUUGCAUUUGUAUGGGGUUAUGCACAAAUUCUGACUUCAAGUGGUGCAUAUCAUAACUCUUCUUCAGCCACUCAAGCUAGUUGUCGCACUGAUCGUGCUGGCCUCAUUACUGGAGCUCCUUGGUUAUAUAUUCCUUAUCCCUUCCAAUGGGGAAGACCUACUUUUCAAGCCGGUGAAGCUUUCGCAAUGAUGGCUGCUUCUUUUGUUGCUUCUCUUGAGUCUACUGGCACAUUUCUUGCAACAGCAAGAUAUGGGAGUGCUACACCUGUUCCAGCUUCUGUUGUCAGCCGAGGUGUCGGAUGGCUGGGAUUUGGGACUCUGCUGUCUGGUUUAUUUGGUACCGUGACUGGUUGUACUGCAUCAGUUGAAAAUGCUGGUUUAUUGGCAAUGACAAGAGUAGGAAGCCGAAGAGUCGUUCAAGUAUCAGCUGGGUUUAUGAUAUUCUUCUCUUUAUUAGGAAAAUUUGGGGCAUUUUUCGCUUCGAUACCUCUGCCAAUUAUUGCAGCUUUAUACUGUUUCUUCUUCGGUUAUGUAUCUUCCGCGGGCCUUGGCCUUCUCCAAUAUUGCAAUUUGAAUAGCUUCAGAACUAAGUUCAUAUUAGGCUUCUCUUUCUUCCUCGGACUCUCUGUACCGCAAUACUUCCGGGAAUAUCAACUAAGUUCAGGAGCUAGUCCCGUUCACACGCAUUCGAGAUGGUUCAAUGACAUGGUGACAGUCAUCUUCACGUCCCACCCCACGGUGGCUGUUUUGGUUGCUGUGAUAUUGGAUUGCACACUUGUUCGUGAGGACGAUGAGGGUGGAAAAGAUAGCGGAUCGCAUUGGUGGGAGAAGUUCGUGUUUUACAAUAGAGAUGUGAGAAGUCAUGAUUUUUAUAAACUGCCUUGUAAACUCAACAAGCUUUUCCCUCCUGUAUGAGUUUUAGCACGCUUAGUUAAUUUG